ACAUAAAUUGUGGGGCUCUCCCAGAUGUUCCACCUCUUUCUUUUAUUCACGCACUGCUGGAACACAUCCCUCCGUGUAAAACUAAGAUAAUGAGCUCCAACAAUGCUUCUUCUUUAUCAUCUUCGCCCCAAAGCACUGAACAAUCUUUCACCGAUCUCAUCACUGCUCUUCGAAAAGAAAUUGACGAUUUGCGUCGUCAAAAUGAUGAACAUCGUGAAACAGGGCACAAUCUACACGUUGUCAGCAAACAGACAGCAGUGACCUUUUACCCCUAUGAAAAGCUCAUUGAAUACGUCCCUUCAGCAGAAGGUCGACACUUCUUUAAUUCACGGAUCCCUGAGGACGACAAAAUUUAUGAUAUGGCAGACUUCCACCUCAAUGCCAACAUGUCUUACACAGCUCCGCUCACCAACGUUCCCAGCCAGUCUGGUAUCUCAAAAUUUAACUUGGCUAUCGACAAAGAACUGGCCCAGAUCCAGAGCAUGCUGGCUCACUGCACAAGGCCAAUCGACACGUACGCCUCAGAAAUCGUCAACAGAGGUAACCCUGACGAAGAGUGGUCGGCUUCAUCGCUGGCAAUUCUUCAUGUCAUUCGAGUCAUGUUGGAAAGAAUUGCAACUCACAUUACUAGGACCCGCGAGCAAGUCGUACUUCGUUCUCUGGGGCACACAAUCAAACCAAUAGGCUCCACACCUCCAAUUCUCGAGGCUGACAAGAUUGCUGAAUCCAGAAAAUUCACUGAGGUCGUUCGUGAAUCGUCAAAACGAUUAUACAGGUCAGACAGGUCAUAUUACAAAGGCAAACAUACUUACCAACCACAUAGACGCAACGAUCGAUAUAAUAAUUAAAGGAGCUCACGCGAUCGCUGGAUUGACUAUCGCAAUGAGACGUCUAAUCAGUCGCAUCGACGCUCCCCUUCGAGAUCGAGGCGGUCACCAUCGCCCAGUCCAAAUAGGAAUGGCAACAACAGGAGCGGCUCUCGGUACAGCAAGGGAAAAGGACGGGGAGGGAAGUCGAACAACUUAGUGGGCGG